GAAAAGGGAACAUAUACAUCUGAUACUAAAUUGAUUGCUAUCCAUCCAUUUAUAUCCACGCAGUGCGCUCAAUCCGUCGACUAUUGUGAUCGGUUGGAAAGCUAGUAUCGUCUCGUUGUUGCCCUCAAGCUCUUUACUUACUUCUAACUGUGUAUCAGAUAUUUAAUCAUAGCUAGCAAGGCGUCCGAAUUGAACGCCCUAGAGAAGGGUAAAUAAGGGAAAGAGAGUGAGAGAGAAAGCUGGAGGUUGAAGAAUUGUGAAUCGAUUUACAAGUUAUACAAUUUUGUGAACAUUUUUGGUAUCGUUUACUGAGCAUAAAUUAGGAGGUAAAUAAAAUGGUUGUUCCAUGGCUUAAAAAAGGAAAAAUAACAUUAUAACAUUGCAAACGAUAGUUACUUCCUUUGUAUUGCUACUUAAUUGAUAGAAUCGAUUACCUAACAUUCAAUGAAAACAUUUCCAUACCAACAUGGAAAGGGAUUGCAGUUGCGUUUGAGAAUUGUUUUUCAUAACAAAAAGUAUAACGUCUGGUGCGAAGCAAACAAACAAAUCGAAGAACGAUAGGUAAUGACCGGUGACCAGUUACGAAAUGAUGUGGUGGUUUAACGACACACCAGCGAAAUACGAACUGCUACGAAAAAUCAGAAAAGAAUACACUAAUACGAAUCUAGCCUAUGAGUCAUAAUAAAUGCAGCAUGGCAAAUGUAUUCUCCACUUCGGCAUGAGCACAUAUUUUUGGCACACUUUGACAACUUAUUGAAAGAAGUGAAUUAUCGUCCCCAAAUGAGCAAAUUGAUUUUUGUGUUUUAAUUUCUCUAAUAAGGCUCCGUGAUGUUGCUCGAUCCUUACGUCGAUCUUUUAUUUGUCGUCAUCUCUUGUGCUGAUCAUGCUAUGUCUUCUUGUAGCACAAAAAUAAAUACGCAAACUUAACACUGUUCCACACACACCCACAAACACACUCCCUCUUUCACACAAACCGAACACGCGAUGUGCUUCACAGGCCAUUACACACAUCCAAUUGUGACUUUAUUCCCUUCAAGCUUUAAAACGAGCCUAACUAAUACCGAGCUUCCCAUAGAUCAGUGAUCGACAAAAUAUGUUAAUGAGAUUCGCACCUAGCUUACACUGUUUUACGCUACAUCGUUAAUAAGAUAAGAAAGGAAAAAAAAAUGCAAAAUCUAUUUGCUGCUGAACAAAGCCUGUACACUUUAAGACAGAUCGUAAGAAAAACGUUAAAAACACUUUACUCAAACCUCUUUCUGAUCGAUUGCAAAAGAGGCCAACGAAUGAAAAUUCUUAAAGCUAAAUCUGUUGAAAUAUUGCAUGCCUUUCGAGAUCAUGUCGAACUGUCAUUUAGCGUUUUGCUCCUGCUAUUCGAUGAUUAUAACUUUAAUAAAACAUAAAUGCUUUAUUUUGUUACGCUGUGUUUUCAAAAUCCAUAUAGUUGUGGCGUAUUGCUCGGCAAACUGCACCAUCGCUUUAUGGCUUCUUCUACGAUUGAUUUCGUUUUGCGUAUUUAAAUUUUGGCUUAUUUUCCAGGCAUAACCUAAUUUAGGCUUGUUCAUCCUUGUAUGUUUAAAUAAUGGUGUGCGCUGUACGUCAUCAGUCAAUCUUGAUACCUUUCCUUCCAUUAAGUAGAUUUGCAACCGAUUUGUGUAGACUAGAUCAACCCAAUACCUGUAUCAUCUAAACCAUUUUCGAAGUAAUCCAUUCCUUCCCGGUCUUAGUCUCCACAGAAACCAUGUAAAGUCUCGAUGUUCGUUUGAACAACCAACUGUGUAUUAAAUAUUAUUCCUGUGUUUUGAAACAAGUUAAUUUGCUACCAUUGAUGUUCUUGUGUGUGAGUGUAUGUCGGUGUAAGUGAUUAUAUGUCCUUUUCCAAAAAGAUGUAUUUUCCAUGGACAGCAUUCUGGUAUUUCGUUCUCUACGCUGCAGAUAACCCCCCUAUCUCGCAACUGGUUUCGCAGAACAUUUGUCUACGUCACGUGUGCAUAAGACUACUGAAAAACAUUCGUCCCGUAAUGAACCCAAUAGUCGGAUACCAACUCCUUCCUUACUGUGCCUUCUACACUCAAAAAUAUUCACCAAACGCUAUACCGCUUUCUUUAAGCAGAUGGCGAAACGGGCAAUUUUUUGGAAAGAAUAAGAAUUCUUCUCUGGAUUUAUAGAAUCCAUAGACAAUUGACUUGCUGUACAGAUCGCUAGUCUCAAUAUGAUGCAAAUGAAAGCUGGCUCAAUUUUCUUACGGAACUCCACCGCGUUUUUGUAAUGUUGUUGCCAUACCAAACCAUUGCAACAUAAACAAAAUAAGACCUUUUUUCUAGUCCUAUGAGCCUUGUUACGCAUCUUCGUUAUAUGCGGCUAGGAAGUUAUGAUAAAAUGUAUUUUUCCUUCAUUUCCAGUAAAGAUUUAAAAUCGAUACUGGAACAAAUUGGAGGGACUUUUUGUUUUGUAAUAACAUAAGUCAGCUUUCGUGAGGCGGGUUUUAACCAUAACAACUCAUCAAGCAAGCCGAGCACCGUUCAGCUAUAAUGAAUAAGUAAACGCAGCAAAAUGCGAUAUCCUCCAUGGUAUCUAAUGGGAACAUGAGCAAUGAACGAUCGAACUGAAAGGGGACUUGAAACAUUGCAUCUUCUGCCUUCCUUUGAGUUUUCAUUUUCUCAGUGAACUGCGAUGGUAGAAGCUUACAAAGGAGAGUGCACAUUCUUCAUCAACGAGCUAUGUAUGCUUGAACAACAAAGCAGGCUCGUACGCUGGAAAGGUAUCUUUGUGUGUACCGAAUCGACAUGCAGCUGAAGUAACAUAUUCGAUUGGAAUAGAAUCUGAUUAAAGGACACGGCUGAUGGAAUCUGGAAAAUAGCUGCAUAUGUUGGAAUGUGAAUGUGAUAAAAUGGAUGGAGAAGCGAGAGCAGCCAUUUGCUGUUGAUAUUAUACCGAAUGUAUGCAGUUUCACAUUUUUCAAAUACAUCUUUUAUCAGUAAAUGCAGAUGGAAAUUUAAAUACGCAAAAGUUUUAAAACGCACCAUUUUCCAGAUUUCAAAUGUUGCCGAUAUUCCUGUGCUUCCAAUGCGAUCAUCAUUCACCAUGUCGCAUAUAUAGCAUGCAGAUUCGAAUCACGUAUAGUAUGCGCUUUCCACGGGCUCACAUAUGAAUCCAAUGCCAUGAUAUUUUUCUCAUAGACUCAAGAACGACCAUCACCCUUAGCGAUACUCCGGAAUUAUCAACUGUUUUCACGAAGGCGAACAGUUGCAAUCACCGAUGCUAAGAAUGUUAGAGCUGAUUACGUUCUGAUACCAGGAAUGAUAAUUCUCUCACACAUUUUAUAGAGCUCAAAUACGUGCAAGAUGAAUGAGUAAUAUUGUACAUGUUCUGUUAUGCAACACGAUCAGCAAUCGAAAAGUUAAAUAAACAAAAACAAGACAACGCAGGUAGACAUCUUAUUUGGCGAAUGAUAAAAUGAAAAAUCAUUACUAAGUACGGUUGACUUUUAAUAACUCGUUUAAAUUUCAACAACCAACCAACACUAUACCAUCUGCACGGGUCGGAGCAAUCAGUUAGGCUUACUCAAGAUAGUGUCGCCGUUGAGGGUCAACGUAACUCAAUGCAUUAGGUCAAUUUGUUAAUUCAGUCAAUUUCCCUAAACACGUGGUGUUGUUUAAAGUGGUUUUUAAAUAGCUGCGUUAAAGAUGCAUCGACGACGGGAUAAUUGUUAUGCGCUUAUGUUUCUCUACAAACAAAUAGGACAACUAGAAGCCAAUUUGUCUUUUCAUUUUAUUAAUUGCUUUUCAAAAAAAGAAAUUCGUUUGCUCAAAAAAAUUUCGUUUGUACAUACAAUUUAAAGGAACCAGCCCUAAACGUAUUUGCCUUUAGAGAAUUGUGAAAAAAGUAAAUCUUAUUUUCUGCGUAAACAAGUACGUAGCUCUAACAACGCGUGCUACUAGGAGUCACCAAUGUUUACACGGACAUUUGAAGCUGACUGAGUUGAGCAAUUAUUAAAUGUUUCUUUCUUAAAGAGCAUGUGAUGCGAAAUGCUUAUCCCGUGCGCCGAUUCGUAGGUCACCUCUAGUUAUUAUCAACCAAAAGUAGUUUAGAAUAAUGACAUUUUUAUCAAUUAAAUUAUGAUUAAUUAAAGAAUCCCAAUCAAUUGCAAUUCACUUUCCCAGCAGAAUGAUCAAGGGUCAGUGAUAUGAGAGCUAAGGAAGGGAAAACGAAUAAAGAUAAUAUAGGGUAUGGAAAGCAUAGGAUCUAGGAAAUGAUACUCGCAAAUGGCAAGGCAGACACGAGUGCAGCUUGUUGCAAAUUGUUAUAAUCAGUCUCUAAGACGCGUUUCUUCUUCACCUUAUCUCUCGAUGGGAGCCAUAUUUUCCCAAUUUUAUAACCUCCUAGUCGUAAAGUGUAAGCAGCAAACAACCAACCGACAUGAUGCAACAAUAUGCGAAUGAAAGAGAGUUGUGUAUCCUGCAAUUUGAGAAUUCUAAAAACAAGCUUUUACGUGAUGAACGAGAAGAGAUUAAAAAGCAGAUUAGGGAAUGAGUCCAAAAUACACUGGUAAUCAGCAUUUUAGCAGCUCAGAACCCAAAAAUAAAAAUUUACGCGGAACCAUCACUACUCUAUCCCCAGACAGAUUCAGUCAGAUUGUUGUUAAUGGUUUUUUUCUUCAUAUGGCAUCGCCAGUGUACGAUCUGUUUUCCCGUUCAUUUUUUUUUUUGCGAUCCAGCACCUAUCUGUAAUGCUUCCUUCGCUUUCGAAUAUUUUUUUUUUUCAAA